AUGUCGGCCCCUAAGGAUGCAGCUCCCGCCUCUUGCAAGGUUAUGCUGUCGAAGCAUGUCGCCAAUCGCCUGAGUCAAGAGGUCCAAGAAGGCGUCAAGACUCUUGAGAAGCCGCCGCACCUGGUCGGUUUCCUGGCAAACGAUGACCCUGCAGCAUUGAUGUAUGCGCAGAUGACACAAAAGACUUGUGAAGAAAAUGGUUUCAAGUACUCCCUCCGCUCAGUCGGCCGCGACGAUAUCGAAGAAGCCAUCCUCUCCGCCAACACCGACUCCGAAGUCGACGGUAUCAUCGUCUACUACCCCAUUUUCAAUAACCGCCAGGACCAAUACCUGCAACAGAUCGUUGAUGUUGGAAAGGAUGUUGAGGGUCUGAGCCACCGCUACAUCUUCAACAUGUACCAGAACAUCCGCUUCCUCGACCCAGAAACCAAGCGCCAGAAGUGUAUUCUGCCCUGCACACCGCUGGCUAACAUUAAGAUUCUCGAGUACCUGAACAUUUACAACACCGUUCUCCCACACGGAAACAGACUCUUCGGACACACCAUUUGUGUUGUGAACCGCUCAGAGGUCGUCGGACGCCCACUUGCGGCACUUUUGGCUAAUGAUGGAGCCUGUGUGUACAGUGUUGAUAUCACUGGUAUUCAAAAGUUCACUCGUGGUGAGGGUCUCAAAAAGCAUAGACAUGAGGUUGAGGUGUUGAAGGACGUGGAACUCAAGGAUGUCGUGCCGCUGUGUGACGUUGUCAUCUCUGGUGUGCCAGGUGACAAGUACAAGUUUGAUACUAGCUUGCUUCGCGAGGGUGCAGUCUGUGUCAACUUCUCUAGUGAGAAGAACUUCGGACCCGAGGUCAAGGAGAAGGCCUCUAUCUUCGUUCCCUCUAUUGGCAAGGUGACCAUUGUCGUCCUGCUGCGCAACCUUCUGAGACUCAUUCAGAACCGCCGGGUGGAUGACAUCAAGCCUGCUGCUGCUACUGAGCGUCCUGGAACUCUGGAGGCCUCUUCCUAG